AUGGCCAACCUGCCGCCAGACCGCACGGUCUGGCUCGGCGGCCUUCCCUCCUGGCUGUCGUCGGAGGAGCUGUACCACUGGUGCUGCAGCACUACGUGGCCGGUGUAUGCGGAGGUGGCUCCGAGUGGCCACUCGCUGACAUUUGGCUAUGUCAUCUACAGCUCGCAGGAGGAAGCCGAAGAAGCCGUGACAGCUUUGCCUGCAGGUGUGGCUGGCUACGGGGUCAGCAAACGACCCUGGCAGGGCAAAGGCCAGGGCAAAGCGGCAGCAGCACCGAAAGCUGCAGCUCCGAAAGCUGCAGCAGCACCAGCAGCAGCAGAGGCGGAGGCUGCUGCUGUUCCCAAAGCAGCAGCAAAGGCGAAAGCUGCAGCAGCACCAGCAGCAGCUGCAGAGGAGGCUGCUGCUCCGAAAGCAGCUGCAGAGGCCAAAGCUGCAGCAGCACCAGCAGCAGCACCUGCAGAGGAGGCGGCUGCUCCGAAAGCUGCAGCACCAGCAGCACCAGCAGCAGAGGAGGCUGCUGUUCCGAAAGCUGCAGCACCAGCAGCACCAGCAGAGGAGGCUGCUGUUCCAGCUGCACCAGCAGCAGCACCUCGGACUCCAACAAGUCCUGCUGAGGAGCCAGCAGCAGCAAGGCCAAGGGCAAGCCCGGCAGCAAGCCCAGCGGCAAGCCCAAGCCCAGCAGCAAGCCCAAAGGCAGCAGCAAAGGCAGCAGCAAGCCCAAAGGCAGCAGCAAGCCCAAAGGCAGCAGCAAGCCCAGCGGCCAGUCCAGCAGCAAGCCCAGCGGCCAGUGCAGAAGCAGAGCCAGCAGCAAGCUCAGCACCAGCAGCAGCAGCAGCAGGGGAGCAUCCGUGGCAGGAGGUCUACGAGCAGAGGCCAUGCCGGGAUCCUCGCCUACGGAGCCCACGACCUCCACCUCGCCCUCGAGGCUCCGUGCAGCAGCAGCUGGCGAAUGCCACUGCUGCUAGCAAGUCGCUGGCGGCCACUUGGCAAGAAAUAUAG